UGAGAAGCACAUCACUUGACACUGCAGAAGUACUGCGAUUAAAAAUUAGCAUACUAAAAGAGUUAAAUGAGAAAGUAGGGCCAAAGUCUUCAGAAUAUAUUAAAGGCGCUUGUUAUCCUCUUCCUGUUUUCAUUAUCCAGUCCAUUUAAAUUAUAAAUAAGAUACAUAACACUUGAGAAUGACAGAUUUCUCAAUUUCAAUUGCCAAUUUUGAUUUGUCUGAAACCUAUUGAUUCUUAGCUUUCCCCUUAAAAUUAUUGUGACCUGAUUUUCUGGAAGAAUAAUCAUAAAUCAUCAAGUUUUAGGCUAAGUCACAUUGGCAUUAGUAAAUUAUAAUUUUGCUUUCUUCAAUUGGAUAACUACGUCAUUGGUGAUUCAAAUAAGUUGAAUCUUAAGAAGAGAUAUUGAAAUGUAAGGGUUGAUGUUAUAUUCCUAAAACUUCGUUCUUCUCUUGAUUGUCUAACUAAUAUUAUAUUUCUGAAUUUCCCUGCAAUAAAGGCAGAGAAAGAAGUCCAAGAACUUAUGAGAGAUAUGAAAUGUUCCAUCCAAGAUUUAAUUAAACCAAUCACAAUUUUGGCUGAAGCCUUGGAUUUCGAGAUAAAAUUAUUGACUGAAGAGAAGGAUUCCUUUACUAACCCAGAACAAAAGAGAGGGUUCGAGAUAAACCAGGUGAUUAAGACCAUCCAAAUUAAUAAGGAUUUGAUUCAAAUGUAUAAAGAAAUUUCAAAGCAAGCAAUCAUGAAAGCAGAAAAUACGAGAGCUGAGAUCUCUGAAAAAUGUUACAUGACUGAUGAAAUAAGCUCUCGGAUCGAUGCAAUGGUGAAAUUUUAUUCCAUGUUUUAG